AUGUCAGAACUCGAUCACAACAAUCAUCACAAAGCAAAUUCUACAAAUGAACUCAUCGAAGUCUACACUUUGGACGGUAAACCAACAGGAACCGCUCAACCAAGAUCAAAAAUACAUUCCGAAGGAAUUUGGCAUAAAACUGUUCAUACAUGGAUUUUAGAAACAUCUACGAAACGUCUACUCAUUCAGAAAAGAUCUCCACAUAAAUUGAAUCAUCCAAAUAUGUGGGAUGUUUCAUCGGCUGGACACAUGUCGUUUGGUCAACAACCACCGGAAGCUGCCGUUCGUGAAGUUGAGGAGGAAUUAGGAUUGACCAUUACUCCUGAAGAAUUAGGUUCUCCAAUUGAUACACUCCGUGUGCAAUUUGUUUUAAACGGAGGAACCUAUAUCGAUAAUGAAUUUAUUGAUGUCUUUUUGGUGAAGAGAGAACAUGUAGAUUUGAAUGCUUUAAAAUUGCAAGCUGAAGAAGUUUGUGACGCCCAACUCAUUCACUAUGCAGUAUUGGAGCAUUGUUACAAAAUCAAGCAUCCUGAAUUUGUAAUUUUCGAACAACACUCAGACGAAUUUGCAGAGAGGUUUUUCAAACAUUUGAGACAAGUCAUUGUUGAGGAGAGCGAUGAUUUGAAUUUGGAAAAACAUUGGCCUUCUUUCAUUCGCAAGAUUCAAGUUUAA